AUGAAAUUUCCAAGGCAGCCGUCAGCCAGCCCACUGGGGCCCUCGGGCCAGCAACAUCCCCCCAGUGCCCAGGAGCUGUUGUAUUUGGCCGUCUAUGGAGACCACCUGAGCCUCUACCAGCCAGGACUACCACAGCACCCUCACCCCUCGUCAAGAGACCUCUCGGCGCCCUCCACGGGCUUCGGGCUCUCUGACUACGGCGGUGCGGGAGCCAACUCCUACCUGUGGCUCAAUGGGCCGACCCUCAGCCAGCCCUCGUACCUGCCCAGCUAG